GUAGUAGAUGAAGAUCUUGAUUGAUAUCCAGUGAUGCAUUAUGAACAUCGUGCUCUUGUAUUUGACAUUGACUUUGAUCCACCCAACACACGCAAGGAGUUCAAUACACCCUCCACCUAAUUGAUUCCAGCCAGUUGGUGGACAGCUCUCAAUUCGUCAGAAGAUCAAGAAGCUGAGUUUUCGAUUUUUGUUUGUGUCAGUAGACGUAGAGCAAGGCAAUAAACUAGGCACACUCAGCAGGAAGAACGAUGGGCGGCCUUUAUGCCACAACUUCCUCCCCGUGCUUCACCACGCGAGGUCAUUCUGGGCACGACCUAUCCUUGGCGAUCGCAAAAAUCAUUCGAAUCGGGGUACUUCUAGCUUCUUGCGCCGCAAUCUUCAAUCCCGCUGGUUCAUUAACAGCCGUGGUCGCGAUUUCGACCAGGAGCACGAAUGAUCCGUCUUUGUUUCGCGGAAGUUCGUCGCCACCAGCUGGCCAACGAGGAACCAGGAAGAAGUCGAAACCGAAUUCGGGCUCAAUGCACGAUGACGAGCCGGAGAGAACCGGAGUCCGUAUCGAAGAGCCGACGAUACCCGCCAGAUUCGGAUUUUCCCGCACGGUGAAACGAAACCUGCUCGCCCUCGGCGGCACCGUGGCGGCAACGGCUACGGCCACGGGAAUCGGGCUUUCGCUGAAGCUUGCUGGAUCGGAGGAUGGGAACAAUCGUGCGGGCAUGCCCGCGGCUCCGAGACACGUGGCAUCGACCCAGCGGAAAGCAGCUCUUUUGAAAAUGCCAAAAGGGGGCUGGUUUCCGAGAGAUAUGCCGUCGAUCAUGGCCUCUUGGUUUGCGAAGAAAUCUUCACCUGAUCGCGGCUACGGGCAACGGAACAGGUUGGCAAGGAUGAACGCAAUGGAUCUAGAAGUAGAAGGGCGUGACUCCAAUGUGAGUGCCUCUUUGCUUGCAGAGGAACAAGGUAUCGUCGAGAGUGAAGCUGCGUUGUCCUUGUGGCCCACGAACCUCGGCGUGCCCAUACAGUUGGGCAGCAAGAUUUGCAAUUUGCGUGGAAGCCUGUGUCAAAAGCGACGCCGUGGUGGAGAAAAUCAAACCGAUACUGCCGAGGACCCAAGCGAAUCUGCAGCUUUUGUGAACAGCAACAAGGAGAAAACUGGACUCUAAAGCGAAGUGAUAGUUGAUAGAUCAAAUUGCUCUUGAUCUUGACUCAAAUCCAAAUGCAACUGCGAAAUGCUAUAUGUGAUGACGCCAUCCCUUAUUGUACUGAAUUUCAUGAAAU